ACAAAGUGUGUCGGGCAGUGACAUUGGUCAGUGCUGUAGAUAGGUGUGCGGGCUACCCCAGUCUCUGUAGGAGCAUGGAUCUCUUCGUUGAGCUGCCUGACGGGACCAGCAAACACGUCCCGGUCUCUCUAAACUGCAGCGUGCGGGCAGCCACUCAAUCCUGCGUCCUCCGUGCAGGAAUGACACCAGUAGCCAGCAAACUGACUGAGUUUUCACUGGCCAAAAAGACAGACAAUCAAAACCCCAUAAUCGAUGUGCGCUGGCUGGACGAGGGACAGAAGUUAAAGGACCAGGGAGGAGACAGCGGCUCUCUCAACCUCAUUCUCCUCAAGAAGUACUACACGACCAACACAGACAUCGGUCUCCUCGGCUCCAGCAGCGUUCUACUGAGACACCUGUACUCUCAGUUCCGUCGGUCCUAUGUGAGCGGUCUCUACAGAUGCACCCGGUCAGAGGUGGCCCAGCUCUCAGCUCUCAUUGCCAGAGCAGAGUUCUCUCUCUCUGAACUUAGACCUGGCUCCCUACAGAAGACUGGACGACUGGAAGGAAUAGUGCCUUCUUUCCACUACACCUCUGCAGACAUCGAACAAGACAUUCUCAAG